AUGGCCAAGCCAGUUAUUGUUAUCGUGCCAGGCGCCUGGCACCGGCCUCAGCAUUUCAAGCGUCUGAUUGAGAGACUCAGCAAGUUCGGCUAUGAAGCCGUUGGCGUGACGCUUCCAUCUGUUGACUCCAGUCCGCCGCAUGAAACAUGGGAACAGGAUGCGCACGCAGUUCGCCAAGUGAUCUUGGAGCACCUUGACGCCGGCAAGGAUGUCAUUACACUCGCUCACUCUUUUGGCGGGAUUCCUAUGUCUGAGGCCGUCAAGGGACUGGGAAAAGAAUUCCGGAAAAAGCAAAAGCUGGAGUCCAGUGUCGUUAGACUGGUCUAUAUGUGUGCAAUGGCGAUUCCAGAAGGACAAAACUACGCCGCUCAGAUCGUGCCAACUACACCCGAAGAAGAGGAAAUUGAGCGACGUCGCCAGGAAUUGAUUGCAAAACAGGGAGCCAUGAAGUUUACAGUGGAUGGAGCAAUGCUGCUUGACAAAGUUGGUAUCCGUGAUAUCUUCUAUAAUCGGUGCGACCCUCGAGACGUGGAUGAAGCAGUCGAAUUGCUUGGUUCGUUCCCCACAGGCCCUCUGUCGGUUCCUGCCACCUACUCGGCCUUCCGCGAUAUCCCAAGCACUUAUAUUGUGACGCGAAACGAUCAGGCUUUGCCGGAAUCCUUCCAAGAAAGAAUGAUUGCCCAAGCAGAGGGUGCUUUCACCGUUGAACGAUGUGAUGAGGGACACUCGCCGUUCUUGAGCAACCCAGACUUGAUAGUUCAUUAUGUUCGCCGGGCAGCCGGAGAAAACGUAUAG